GUUGGCGUCACCAGGACAACGGGCGUUGCCGGCGCCGUGUGACUCUGGGCUGUGGGCGCGCUUGUGGCUCUUCGGCCAUGGUUUUCUCAAAUAAUGAUGAAGGCCUUAUUAACAAAAAGUUACCCAAAGAACUUCUUUUGAGAAUAUUUUCCUUCUUGGAUAUAGUAACUUUGUGCCGAUGUGCACAGAUUUCCAAGGCUUGGAAUAUCUUAGCCCUGGAUGGAAGCAACUGGCAAAGAAUAGACCUUUUUAACUUUCAAACAGAUGUAGAGGGUCGAGUGGUGGAAAACAUCUCAAAGCGAUGCGGUGGAUUCCUGAGGAAGCUCAGCUUGCGAGGUUGCAUUGGCGUUGGAGAUUCCUCCUUGAAGACCUUUGCACAGAACUGCCGAAACAUUGAACAUUUAAACCUCAAUGGGUGCACAAAAAUCACUGACAGCACGUGUUACAGCCUUAGCAGAUUCUGUUCCAAGCUGAAACAUCUGGAUCUGACUUCCUGUGUGUCCAUUACAAACAGCUCCUUAAAGGGGAUCAGUGAGGGCUGUCGGCACCUGGAGUACCUGAACCUGUCGUGGUGUGAUCAGAUCACGAAGGAUGGCAUCGAGGCCCUGGUGCGGGGUUGUCGCGGCCUGAGAGCCCUGCUGCUGAGGGGCUGCACGCAGCUAGAAGAUGAAGCUCUGAAACACAUUCAGAAUUACUGCCAUGAGCUUGUGAGCCUCAACCUGCAGUCCUGCUCACGCAUUACGGAUGAAGGCGUGGUGCAGAUUUGCAGGGGCUGCCACCGGCUGCAGGCCCUCUGCCUGUCUGGUUGCGGCAACCUCACGGAUGCCUCCCUCACAGCCCUAGCCUUGAACUGCCCAAGACUUCAGAUCUUGGAGGCUGCCCGAUGUUCCCAUUUGACUGAUGCAGGCUUUACACUUUUAGCUCGGAAUUGUCAUGACCUGGAGAAGAUGGAUCUCGAAGAAUGCAUCUUGAUAACCGACAGCACACUCAUCCAGCUCUCCAUUCACUGUCCUAAACUGCAAGCCCUGGGCUCUCUCCCCGACUCGGAGAUACCCUGGACUUGGACUCCCACCCCUUCGGCAGUGUCGUCUCUUGUGUGCACGGGACAAGGCCUUCCACCAGCUCCCUAACUCCUGCUUCCUCAGGAGUGCAGGCCCACCUCAGCGACGGGUCAGGAAAUGUCUUCCAAAUAGUGUUCUCCCCAGCGGGGAUUCUGGUGACUGAAAUCUUCUCCAUCUUCCCCGAUAUUCAUACAAGCGAAUUCCAGAAAGGGGACUUAGAGUAAAAGAUAAACUAUAAUAAAAACCAGAAGUCCAAGAUAAGAGCCUCAAAUGAAAAAAAAAAGAAAAAUACCUGGAGGAUUAUUAGCAGAAAAGAAGGGAAACAGUUGCAGUUGAAAUCUAAACUUAGCUUUGGAGAUGCCUAGUAGCCCGCACAGAAAAGGGAAAUGCUGUGGAUUAAAUCUGAUUAUAUUCAUCAAAUUCACUCUACAAACACCUCUUGAGGACCACUACACGCCGGGCACUGUUCUAGGCACUGGAGAGCGAAAAGAUCAUUCAUCAGAAGAGACAGACUUUAUCAUCACUCAGAAAUUGCACAGCAGUGUGUGUCUGGAUCCUUGUUAACGGAUACUCGAGGGGCUCUCCCUGGUACGGACAUGGUAGCAGCACCUCUGUCAGCCCCCAGGUAGAGCCAAGGGUGAGUGGAAGCGCAGGGUUGUCGGACGUGCAUUUCUGCCGCUGCAGGUCUCAGAGCACAGACGUGCAGUCUUGGUGCGGGGCAGUCCGGGUGCGCCUGGGACACGCGCAUAGGAGCAGCUGGUCCCCACCUCCCUGGGGGAGGGCCAGACAGUGCUCUCCAUGCUGGAGCCGGGGGUCCACCCCAGGGAGUCCUCCCCCAGCCUGGGGAGCUCAGAGGAGCCAAUGCUGUUGGGGCAAAGCUCCAUAGAUUCAGAAUUUUGAAAUCUGGUUUUUAGCUUUUACUAAAGACCUGCAAGCAGGAAGAAAUGAGGGAAGUGACCACUAGCCCCGAGCCAGGUAACUAUCACACCUCAUUUGCUAAACUUCAGUUCCCAGGUUCUUCUUUACAUGUGAAGGCGGCAAGUGUGCACAUACCCCACCCCUUCCAGGAACUGCUCUGUGAUCCUCAAGGGAGGAAGGGCCUUGUACUCUCACAAAAACCAAAUCUAGAAGGCUGUUUUGAAAGGGAAACUGAUCAUGUUUCUUUGAAAAUAAGUCGAAUAUACAAUUGCAAACAAGGGGAACUCCAGAUUCAAAAGAACACAGAGGAGUUCAUGAAGUUU